AUUCCAUUUUGUUGCAAUUCAGACAGAGUCGGGAGGAGAGGUGACGUCGUAUUACCGAUUAUUACACCACACGAAGUUUAAGGUUCACCGAUUUGUAGGAAAUAGAGCUUGCUGUGCUUUCUACAAUAUUCGACGAGACAUUUCAGAGGCCAACCAAAUACAUUCUGACGAAGGGCUUUCAACAACCAAGCCUGGAGAAGUCGAUCAUCGGCUUCUUGGAGCAUCGUGCGCCGAGGUGAAUUGAUGUUCAGCUCGGCUUCACGAGAAAACAACGCUCAUUGGCACAUGAAAACCUCAGACCUUGCUGGACACAGAAGUGCAGCGAGAAGUAGACAGAAAACUACUUCGAGGACCUGGAGUCCGUCUGGAGAGGGAAGACUGAAGAGAGGUCUCUGCUUAGUCAACUUUCUGACAACAAAGAGGUGACACGUAGUGUAUAGGCAGUAUGGGAGGUGGAGAGAGGUACAACAUUCCAGUUUCCCACCCUGAUCGCCCCUUGCCCAAGAAGAACCAUCAGCUGGGCCGGGCCAAGCAGAGAGGCCGUGAUCAGAAUGGAGUGACAACAGCAGCAGCAUCUGCAGGAGUGGCGGGCGGCCUUCACCACCACGGCCACCGCAGGAGCGACAAGGGUGCAGCAUACCCCAGGUCUCCAGAGGCGCGGCAGGCCGCGUCUGCAGAGAAGAAAAAUGCUUCUGUCCGUUUUGCCACCAACUACGAUCAGAACUGGGAGGGUGCAGUGUCUCACCUCAACACGCUCCUUGCCACCCAGGGAAGCCCGAGCUACGCAGGGCCCAAGUUCAGCGAGCCACCCUCACCCAGCGUUCUACCUAAGCCCCCUAGCCAUUGGGUGUCCUUCCCAAUGGGUGCUUGUGACAACAGGGAGAUGAUGGCCUUCCAGCUUAAGAGCCUCCUUAAGGUGCAAGCCUGAGAUGGACUCCCACAGUUGACCUUUUGAAAGAAAAGCCAAUGCAUGAACUAAGGUUCCUUUGAAGGUACCUGCCCACCAGAAACACUUCAGUGCUGUAAUACUUUUAGCUUAUUUUAGAUUGAGCUCUUUGAAGGGUAGGAUUCAUUUGUAGUGAUGGUUUUUGCUGCAUAUGUUUGAUUACCCACCUUUUAACCAAUAUUUCAAUAUUACAGCCUUGCAGCCUUACUGGUGGAUGGUACCCUCACUGGAACCAGUUUCUGUAACUAACAACAAACUGGAUAUCCUUUGUACUUCUGUGCUCUGUUAUUUUGUUUUGUUCCUUUUUUAUGUUGGCUGUUAAAGCAGAUUUAGUGGUCUUUUCUUCCCAAAGAGAGGUGCGGUUAGAUAUUCAUUGCAAAUCAGUAGACGUCAAUCACUCUUACAGUCCAUUUCUUUGGACAGAUGUGCUUUCUCAUUGACAUUAGUUUUUACAAUCCUUUGGAGUCACCUCUGAAGCUUAAGGUGCUAAAGUAUAUUCACAUUUGUAGCAUUUCUUGUUUGACUAGGGCCCGGUUAUUUUUACUUUGUUUUUUAGUCUCCUCUUGUUUUUUGGGAUGUAAAAGCCACUUGACUGCAGUUCUGCAGGGAAACCGACUAUCUUACUGGAGGGGAUCAGCUGUAGUGAUUACAGGUCAUAAGCAUAACCUCAAACUGAAGGGUAAUAUGAGACCAUGGCACAUGGACCUUGGACUCUCAACUCCUGUACUUUUUUUUUUUAUUGCGCUGUGCGCACUGCACUAUAGGAGUUGAGUUUGCCUAAGGCCCACAGCUCUCUAUCAUAGCAUUAUUUUGUAAGUCCUUUUGUGUUGUAGUUGAAAAUGUAUGAACUGUCGUCUAACCAAAGCAAUGUUUUAGCUGUAUGAUUUUCGUCAUCCUCUUUGCCUGACAGACGUGGUUACUAGUGCCACAUCAACCUCAUUGGCCUGAAUGGCAAAUGAUAGGAGUCCCAGCGGCCACCUAGCUGUUAAAAAAAACUUCAAUCAGUACUGUUAAUGCUCUCCAGUCUCUGCUUCUCUAACAAGGUGCUGCAGUCCAACACUGCGGAAGAGGGCCUGACUCCGACGUGGGACUGUAACAGUUUCACUUGUCCUCCACUUAAACGUCAUGGUCCUGUUGGCUGCAUGCAUUUUGAACAAACAGAGCAGAACUGAGGGAAGCACAAGAUGUGGCUUGUGGGACUCAACAUGAGGUGCAAGACCAGCAUGGAUGUUUACAUUUGUAGAUAGGUCUCAAAGGUUGGCCAUCCCAAAAUCUCCAGAUGCUCACUGCCUCUUGCACCCCUUUGCCCUCUUGCACUGCAAUCAGACUUAAUUUUCAUAAGUUACAGGCCAAGAUGCUAUUUUAGUAGUGGGUGCGUAAUUGACUAUCUCCCUCUGGGUUCUCAAUAUUUGUGAGUCAAUCCUCUUGAGGCUUUUUCCCCCUUUCCCUAUGCAGAAUUGGAGCUGUAAUGGCCAGCUUAAAGAACAACAAAACAAAACAAAGUAUGAGAGCUUGAAAAUGUUAAAGAGCCAUGUAUAUAAUGAAAUGUAUAAAAUACUUGUAGCAUAUGUACAUUCGCAGGCCAAUUUUGAAAAACCUGCUUGACAAAAGUAUUUUUAGUAAUAACACUGAAUGUAUAAGACAUGCUGAGGACGUGUCUUGACUUCAAAUACUGAUGAAUAUUUUUGUUAAAAAAAAUGAAAUAUCUGCCUAUAGCAUUUGUCAGUACCCCUGCACUGUGUUAUCUUGCCAGUGAUCUUGCACAUGUUUUUAUUGUUUUGUAUUAUGCACAGUGUAGGGUGAAAGAUGCUAAGUGCAAAUUAAGAAACUAAAAAAAAAAAAAAACUAAUUGGAAACCCAGGAGACUUCUAUAUGUAUUUGUUCUUUUUUUUUAACUUGUGAAUGUUCUUACAGGGUGUAAGCUUGAUGCUUUUUAACAUAAGUUGAACAAAAACCCAAUUGUGCCUCUGUCAGAUCUCACAUCAAGAAGUUCUCAAACCUACUUGUUACUUUUCUCUUUAGGUAACUAGGCCACUAAUUGACCAAAUGUAACCAUUUCACAAUUGUCAGCUGUUCUUCCGCCAGCUGACAAUUGAAUUUGGCUCAAUGUUUUUUUUUUCUUUCUUUUUCUUUUUCUGAUGUACUACCUUGUAUCACCUGUUAAAUUUUAUUUUUGCCCUGAAUGAUUCAUGCAUAUACAAGUCUCCUUAUUCUAAAUUUUAAUGUUAACAAAUUGGCUGUUAAUUUGUCCCCUUUGUUCAAUGUCAACAAAUGCAAAGAAAAAAAUGCCCUGUGUGUACAAUUGGUAUUGAUUUGGUGUUUAAAAAAAAAAAAAGCUGAAAUGUAAAACUGCACUGUUACAAUUGGCAUAGACAAAAUUACAAAAAGAAAAAAUAAAUUCCCUUCCCUUUCCCC